GUUCGCUUCAUUCGUAUGUAAACAAUUGAAAAAAAGAAAAGGCGGAGGUCGCUUCUGAUACCGCAGAUACUUGGUGCUAUAAGUACGACGAACGGAAACAGUCGAGUAAAACGCUUCCAGCAAAAUGUCUACUAAUUUCCGCUACACAGUUGUUAAGACUAUUCGUCCAUAUGUGAAGUUCUUUCCACAACUUACCAAGCCUGUGAUGCGGGUACUCAUCCAAGUGUCUUUUCAUUACAUUGAGAGCAGUAAAUGUUCCCCGGAGGUAUUGGAUUUGGCUUUAAACAAACUGACACAUGCCGGCCACACCAUACCGGAGAAUUUUUGUGAGCUUUUUGCUGCUAUUUUGCAAAUAAUGCAAAUAUUUCUGAGGACACCCGUUAAGCAGGACGAGUUAAAGGAUUGCCUGAAACAGGAUUUGAGAUUUAGCGAUGAGUGUGUGGAAGACUUGGCAAAAGUUUUACACAACCAUAGGUCAUCGUUGACCAAGAACUUUAUUGAAGCCAAGAUGUUGCGUUCGUGUGCCAAGAACCUACAGUGGCGCAUCAAUAUCUCCCUAACACAAGGUAUACCUCGAGGGCCUUCGUCUUCCUCCGCGUCAAAGAAAACAGCUGGCGGUGGAGUAGCUGUUGUUACACCCACCAUCAUCUUGCAUUUCCAGUUAUCAGAUGGCCGAUAUCGUACACUAGAACUGCCUUUGGCAAUGUUUCACCGCCUGCGAUACAAUAUUGCCGUUCUUCUAAGCGAAAUGCAAUCCUUGCAACAACGUGCGGUUAUGAAAAAAUUUUAAUAUCUCAAUCGCAGUGAUAUACACAUGUGCAAACAAACGCGCUCAUAAAACAACAAGGUGUGCGUGGCGUGCAAGUGCAAGAGGUGGUGUAUGUGUAUGGCAUUGCAUUGCAGACACCUCCCCACAUACAUACAUUCAUCCUUACACACCCAUGCAGCCUGAAGCCAUUUCUUGCAUUCAUUCUCUUUUGGAUCAUCUCCAAGAAGAGGGAGGGGAAAAAUGAGCAGUUCAGUCGAAAUCCUUACCAUAAGAGUUUCCAUGUAUAGCACUUAACUAAAAGCACUCGGCAAAUACACUUGUUGUAUGUGCUUACAUUUUAAAUGAUGGUACAAUUGUUGAUACACCCAACACCCUACACCACACUCAAGCUUAAAGAUUAUUUUGGAUAGGACUAGAUAUGACUACAAAUCGAUUGAAUAUCGCUUCUCUCGUCCUCCGGUAUAAGCCAAAUAGCAGUCAUAGUUUGCCAUAUCAAAUUAUAUUUCUAUAUCGACACAUUGCAAGCAAUUUUGUAACAUUUUGCAAUGUACUUGGCGAAAACUUUCAAUUAUAGUAUUCCAUUCCAUUAAUAUUGAUUCCAUUAAGAGCGAGAAAAAGAACGCAACAGACAAAGUAUUAAUUGUUUUAAGGUUGAAAUAUUCCUCUUCAUUGUUUGUACCUAUCUCUCUCUAACGCCCAUGCUCUCUGUUGUUACACAGUGCAAAUUUUAGAAAUUUUUUAGGAAUAAUUAGAAGAAAUAAGUGCCAAAUUAUUGUAAAUAACGUUUUUCUAAGUAGAUAGGUUAAUUUGCUAAGCAAGAAUUACUUUAGAAUGAUUUUUCAAAUGUAUUUUCUAUUUCCAAACCAAGUUCAACCAAACUUACUUUACUGUGUGUUGUUCGCGUUUCUUCACUUUACAAACACUUUAGCUUGAACAUCUAUAAAUGGUGUAGUGGUUUCACUUUAUCGCAUUGUACCGAAAGUUUGCUUUUUUUGUCCUUAAAUAUUUUUGUUUUUUUGCUGCAUUGAGACUGCUUGUCAUAUGCACACACAAGCGAAUCAAAUAAUACCACGUAUCAUGCAGGGAUGCGUGUUUCCGGUUUAUGUGAGUGUGCUUGUGCCACAUUGUCCGCAUUGUUUGUAUGUAAACGCUUUUCGUAUAUAUAUAUAGUCUCAAAAAUAGAAUAGAAAACGGAUAGUUGUUAACAGUAAUGUAAUAAUUAUAAUUGUAAUUGUACUUUGUAAUAGUAAAGUGAUUAGUCUAAAUGUCCUUGUUGGUUGUUAAAGUUUACACAGUUCAUAAGUAUUUUGGAAAAUGUUGUUUAUUGAUGAUAUUCGAAAUACUUGUAAGAAAAAGUUUCGAAUUACGGAUGUGUUGUUGUCUUUUUGGCCUAUAACCGCAUAUAUAGAUAUUUACAAACAUAUAUACACAUAUACACAUGUACAUGUUUAUAAUACAUUUAAAUGAACAUACUACGUUAUAUAAUUACAAACAGUCACACACGAACACAUAAGACACACUGAAAUCACACGUUUAUACGUAUAAAAAAAAGACUUGAUUAUGUGUUUUAUACAUACAUACAAACAUACAUAUACUGAAAAAUAAAAUACAAAAAGAAAAAACUUGCUAAUUUACUACAUAA